AUGCAUAAAAAUGAGACUGACAUGUCCAUGUCCGCUCUCCUAGAAAUAGCAAACCGCAGCAGCACUCAUCCGAUUAUAAACAAUAUUCACCAAAGCAUAAAAAUACUAAGAAAUACAGAAACAAUAGAAUUAUACUGGAUCAAAGCUCAUCAUGGAUUACUGGGGAACGAAAGCGCGGACACGGAGGCAAAGAAAGCAGCGGCACUUCACAAAACUCCAGACUAUGAUAACUUCCCUAUCUCAUACGAUAAACGGCUACGGAAACAGGACACUGAACAAGCACAUGAAUCGGAAUACCCCAGUUCAACAACUGGUGCUCAUCUAAAGCAGUGGUUGCCUAAACUGGAACACAUUAAAGAUUUAAGAGAGAAAGCUAAUAUCACCUUCGAACUAACCCAAAUACUCACAGGACACGGAUACCAUAAGAGCUAUUUAUAUCGUUUCAAAAUCACUGAGAACGACAUGUGUCCUUGUGACAACACAUGUGUGCAAAUAAUAGAACAUAUAUUAAAAUUUUGUCCUCAGUUUGGAAAACAACGAUGCGACCACGAGAUGUUUUGCGGAAAUUCACGUUUAGAACCUUAUAAUAUCUUAGACCUUAUGAAAAACAAAUCCGCUUUAACAUCUUUCCUAAGACUAAUAACAUAUACAUAUACAUACAUAAACACUCACGCCUGUCACCCAGAGGGGUAG